AUGGGCAACAACCCUUCUAAGAGCCCCUCCGGAGAUCCUUCUUCGACAUCGGGCCAUUCAAACCUCGCUGUGCCCCCCGGGGAUAAAACAGUCCGUCGACGACCUUCGAUCAAUGCGUUGUCGGGCGCAAAGGCCACCGCCGCCGACCCCUCAGCCUCGAAGGAGAAUGCCACUGGAGUCUCGGCGUCGCAACGCCAGGCGUCUGCACACCAUCGCCUGCAGUCCAGGAAUAUAACAGACUUGCCCUCGCGCGGCCCCCGACCAGACCAACGCGAUGCCAGACGAUCAGAAGCCCGUCCGCUGGACGUUCCUCCGCCCAACCGCAACGCAGAUGCCUCUGUGGCUCCAUCGGGGCCGCCAUUGAAUACAUACUAUGGAGCUUCUGCACACCUUCAGCGUCCCCCACGCAUGCCUCUACCCAUCGGUGAUGCGAAUGCCACCCCUGGAUCCCCGAUCAUCGGCCCUGCCGAUACGCAGAUGGAGUCAAUUCCUACCAACAGGCUUCUAGACGAACGAGCGAACCCGGAAGCAACCAAUUUCACAAGUGCUACUGUCGAUGAAGAAGAUCUUGUCGAUGAGCUGCAGCCCUAUGCAAUUAGUGGCGUUGGCCGCGCCGUGCCCACUACCAUCGACUGGACUGGUCCGGGGAACAAAGUCUACGUGACGGGAACAUUUGUGAAUUGGGAGAAGAAGUUCCGCUUACAUCGAAAGGAAAAUGAGGGCGGCCCCAUGUCGAUAACUCUCAAUCUUCGUCCCGGAACGCAUCAUCUGAAAUUCAUUGUGGACGGAGAUAUGCGGGCCUCGGAUAACCUCCCUACAGCUGUCGAUUUCACCAAUCACUUGGUCAACUAUAUUGAAGUCAGUGCAGAUGAUGUCAGUCGGUCACGCAGAGAAAGUGACCGAACAACGAGAUCAAGCGUGCCUCCGGGCCUCCAUCCCCCCCAGGUUCUCCCCGAGGUUUUGAAAGCCGAGCAAGAGGGAGACCCCGUGGAAGAUGGGUCCGACAAAGAAGAGCCUGAAGAGGAGAUCCCGAUUGGAGAUUUCCGCCGGAUUAUUCCUCAGUUCCUUGUCGACAUUGACCAAGACGACGAAACCCCAGCCUAUACACAGGCCGUCAACGUCAUUUCUGACACGCCGACACCACCUAGCCUUCCUUUGUUCCUUGGCAAAUCGAUUUUGAACGGCACAACUCCGAUGAAGGAUGAUAGCAGCGUUCUCAAUUAUCCUAACCACACCGUGCUAAACCAUCUGGCCACCAGCAGCAUUAAAAACGGUGUCCUCGCCACGAGUGUAACAACACGAUACAAACGAAAAUACGUAACCACUAUUCUGUACAAACCUACGGGCGAAAUCCAGGAUUAG